GGGAGCCACACGCUUUAGGAGAGCGCUCGUGGAAUAUGGUGCCGUCAUUUUUGUAUAACGUCGGACUAAUGGCAUCUUCAUCAUCAACUCCCGAAGGAGUACUCCACGUAUUUUUAUUUUUUUUAUUUUUUAUGAUUUAAUUUAGCUUCCCUGGUUACUUCUAGGCACCGAGAGAACCACCGAGACCUUCUUGCCCCUCCGUUGAAUGCCGUUGGAACAUGUCAUAUGUUCCCAUUCAAGAUGCAAGGUGUGCCGCCCCCCCCUCCUACCAUCACCACCACCAUCGCUCCCACGUGCACUCCUCCUUCCACGCCCCCGCCUACGAGCGCCCGCCGUACGAGCGCCCCGCCUACAGCCGCCUUUCGCACGAGCACUCCAUCUACGACCACCCCUCCAACGACCGGCCGCCCCACGGUCACUGGAACGCCCGUCUCCGCGUGAGCCCCGGGAAAGCGCUCCACAUGUUGGACCAGGAAGAGGUGCACCCGCUGCUGAUGCGCGAGCGGCGCUCAGAGUCUCACAGGAACAAGCUGCUGCGGCGGACCGUCAGCGUUCCUGUCGAGGGUCGACACCAUCCCGAGAUGGAUCAGCGGCCCCGGCGGAAGAGCAUAGCGACGGGGAAGCAGCCCAGCAUGGAGGUCCCGCCCACUGCCCCCCUUCAGUCCUUCCGACAAUCCAGUUUCCUCAGCAGAAGGUUGAAAGGUUCCAUCAAGCGGGCCAAGAGUCAGCCCAAACUGGACCGAACCAGCAGCUUCCGUCACAUGAUCCUCCCUCGCUUCCGCAGUGCCGACCAGGACAGGGCGCGCUUGAUGCAGAGCUUCAAGGAGUCUCACUCCCACGAGUCCUUGCUGUCCCCCAGCAGCGCGGCGGAGGCGUUGGACCUGACGCUGGACGAGGACGCGGUCAUCAAGCCGGUGCACUCCAGCAUCCUGGGCCAGGAGUACUGCUUCGAGGUGACCACGUCAUCGGGAACCAAGUGCUUUGCGUGUCGCUCGGCGGCCGAGAGGGACAAAUGGAUCGAGAACCUGCAGAGAGCCGUCAAGCCCAACAAGGACAACAGCCGCCGGGUGGACAACGUGCUGAAGCUGUGGAUCAUCGAGGCCCGCGAGCUGCCCGCCAAGAAGCGCUACUACUGCGAGCUGUGCCUGGACGACAUGUUGUACGCGCGCACCACCAGCAAGCCUCGCACCGACACCGUCUUCUGGGGCGAACACUUCGAGUUCAACAACCUGCCCGCCAUCCGCAACCUCCGUCUCCACCUGUACAAGGAGACGGACAAGAAGCGGCGCAAGGAGAAGAGCACUUACCUGGGCCUGGUCAGCAUCCCCAUCUCCAGCAUCACCGGCCGGCAGUUUGUGGAGCAGUGGUACCCCGUCAUCCAGCCCAGCGUCCUCACCAAGGGGGCGGGCGUGGGCGGCGGCAAGAUCAUCAACGCGUCCCUCCGCCUCAAAUCCCGCUUCCAGACCAUGAACAUCCUGCCCAUGGAGCUGUACAAGGAGUUCGCCGAGUACGUCACCAACAACUACCGCACGCUGUGCGCCGUGCUGGAGCCCGUGCUGAGCGUGAAGAGCAAAGAGGAGGUGGCCUGUGCGCUGGUCCACAUACUGCAGAGCACCGGGAAAGCCAAAGACUUCCUGUCGGACAUGGCCAUGUGCGAGGUGGACAGGUUCAUCGAGCGGGAGCACCUCAUCUUCAGAGAGAACACGCUGGCCACCAAAGCCAUAGAAGAGUACCUCAAACUGAUCGGACACAAGUACCUCAAGGACGCUAUCGGGGAGUUCAUCAGGGCUUUGUACGAGUCGGAGGAAAACUGCGAAGUGGACCCCAUGAGAACGCCCCCUUCCGUGCUGCCGGACCACCAAGCCAAUCUGAGAAUGUGCUGCGAGCUGGCACUCUGCAAGAUCGUCAACUCUCAUUGUGUGUUUCCACGAGAGCUGAAAGAAGUAUUCGCCUCGUGGAGAGUGCGCUGCGCCGAGCGAGGUCGGGAAGACAUCGCCGACCGCCUCAUCAGCGGCUCCCUCUUCCUGCGCUUCCUCUGUCCCGCCAUCAUGUCGCCUUCGCUCUUCAACCUCACGCAGGAGUACCCCGACGAGCAGACGUCGCGCACGCUCACCCUCAUUGCCAAAGUGGUGCAAAACUUGGCCAACUUCUCCAAGUUCGGCAACAAGGAGGAGUACAUGUGCUUCAUGAACGAGUUCCUGGAGAUGGAGUGGGCCUCCAUGCAGCAGUUCCUCUACGAGAUCUCCAACCUGGACAGCAUCAGCAACGCUGGCGGCUUUGAGGGCUACAUCGACCUCGGCAGGGAGCUGUCAGUCCUGCACAGUCUCCUGUGGGAGGUCAUGGCCCAGCUUAGCAAGGUCAGCUCCAUCCAUCAGGACGCCAUCAUCAAACUGGGCCCUUUGCCCCGCCUCCUGAACGACAUCAGUAUGGCACUGCGUAACCCGCACCUGCAGAGGCAGCCGAGCCACCAGGCGGACCGCAUCCAGGAGCGGCAGGUGGAGCGGCUGCUGACCCGGCCCAGCUUCAACAGGGGCAUCUCGUCCGAGUUCCAGAAUCUCAUGAUGCGGGAUCUCAACAGCUCUAUAGACAUCACGCGCUUGCCUUCCCCGACCUCCACGGCCGGGGUCAUGCCAUCUCGCCCCCAGAUGAGCUUUCAGGACCGAGACCACCUCCACCGAGCGCCGUCCAAAGACAUGUUCUACGUGUCCCGCCCUCCCCUGGCCCGAUCCAGCCCGGCCUACUGCACCAGCAGCUCGGACAUCACGGAGCCGGACGCCAAGGAUUCCCGAAUGAACAGCGUGUCUAACCUGCAGUCGGUGGACAUGCUCAACUCCUCCCAGGCCUCCAUCGCCGGCAUGGGCAGCUUCGGGGGGCUGAGCAGCGGAGGCGGUGGCGGCCUGGGGUCGGGCCUGAGCAGCCAGCUGAGGGCGGGUGGGAGGUUGUCAGCUGGCUCCGGCGGCUCCAGCAUGUCCGGCGGCCUCCGGCUGAGCCAGCUGAGCCAGAUGGGCACCACCACCGACUCGCUAUCCCAGCUGCAGCAACAGCAGGCCGCCGCCAUGCGCUACCCGCUUUCCUUCCAGAAUCCCCUCUUCCACCUGGCGACGGCCGACGGUCCCCAGCACCACCAGCACGGCCGGGCGCCGCCCCCCGCGCCCCUGCUGCUGGCCCCCGAGCCCGAUCUGUCGCACCCGGGCUACGUGCCGCAGUUUGCCCACGGGGGGUUCUCGCGCAGUGAGGACCUGUCCACCCUCAGGACGCGGGACGGACACCUGGGCCAGCCCAGCAUCAUCCACUCGCACAGCUACAGCGACGACUACGGCAGGGCCGAGUACGGACGGCGGCAGAUGUCCAUGCACGUGCAGGACAACAUACAGCAGCAGCAAAUGAUGGGCUUGGCGUCCCAGACGGGAACCUCCCACUCCUCCUUGGCCACCACCCCUCCCUCCACGGUCCAACCCCGGGCGGCCCCGCCCCCCGGCCAACGCGUCAAGUCCCAGACGUCGCAUCAGCUGUCGGUCAACGCGGCCGUCGCUCCCGUCGCCCCGGCCAAGACCCGGCCGCAGAGCGGCAACCUCCUCCAGUCGCCGGAGUCGGUGUACGGCGGGCGGCAGCACGGCGGGCGGCAGCUGUCCGUCAAAGACAACACAGCGCCGGGUCUGCCUCACCAGCAGAGUUCGGUGAGGGAGUCGGGGAGUCCGCAGGGAACCGCCAGCCCGACCACGCAGCAGUCGCCGCAGCAGCCGGCGCCUCAGCAGCACCUCCUCAAGCCCAACAUGAGCAAACAGGGAUCCCAGACUCCCUCCACCCUCAACACCCCCACCCCGGCCAACGAGAGGACGGUGGCCUGGGUGUCCAACAUGCCUCACCUGUCGGCCGACAUUGAGAGUUCCCGCAUCGACCGCGAGGAGUUCAAACUGAAGGAGUACUCCAAGAGCAUGGACGAGUCACGCAUGGACAGGGUACGAGAGUACGAGGAGGAGAUCAACUGCCUGAAGGAGCGGCUGGUGAUGUCCCACAAGAAGCUGGAGGAUUACGAGCGUCGGCUCCUCACUCAGGAGCAGCAGACCAACAAGAUCCUCCUGCAGUACCAGAGCCGACUGGAUGACAGUGAAAGGAGGCUGCGGCAACAGCAAGUGGAGAAAGACUCCCAAAUUAAAGGAAUAAUUAGCAGACUCAUGGCAGUGGAGGACGAGAUACGAGGAGGACCCAUCAUUGAGCCAAAAACCAGGAUUUUCACCAAUCAGGAAACCCAGCUUUCCUCCUUGGGUUCAGCAGACCCCGGUGUGAAAAGUGAAGGUGGCGAGGGAGGAGGAGGAGCAGGAACCGCCCAUCAAGACCUCAGGGUGUCUUCCUCCGGGACCCCUUCAGACGCGUCUCGCCACAAUGGCCUCCAAAGCGUAGAGCGCCCCGCUCGGCCUCCGAGUCGUAACGGAGAGCUCUGUGGCGACCAGACCACGAGAAUGGCGGCCAACCAAAGGGGGCGUGGUCAAACACAAGCUUGAGAGAAAGAGAGAGAUGCUAAAGGAAAGAAGUUUUUGCCGCACAAACACAAAAGGGCUUCUUUUUCCUUUUCUUCUUCUUCUUCUCGACGCUGGCUAGGGGGCGGAGCUUGAGCGAUUGUUGUCAGUCUUGCAGGACAAGAUGGCGACACGCCUCCACAGUUGAUGGUCAGGCUCUCUUGGUGCCUUCGAGUGCUGGAAAGGGCGCUGGUGUUUGAUUGACAGCUCUGUGGCCCGCGUGGGGGGCGGGCGUAGUGGCGUCCUUCUACUUUGCUUCUUCACCUUUUCUCUUCUCAAUAUCAGAACCCAAACUGGUGCUAAACACAAACGAUUGGUUUCGAGUUGGACGUGUUCGCCACAGCGCCCUCUCUGGCGGGACUCGCUCACUGUGCCUCCCCGCUUCUUGUCGCCAUGAUGUCUGUUUGUUGUGAUGUGUUCAUAAUCCAGGCAUCAAAUAUUGUUUCCACAUGCAAACAAUGAGUAUUUGUUCCACUUUGCGUACAACAAACACCUCCUAUUUAGUAGGCGGGGGAAUCUUUUGAAACCUAACCAUUCCAUCUCAGUCCCAUUGCUGGGGUGAUGGUUCGAUUCCUGAUUCAAUACCAUUCUUGCAAUGUAGGGGUGCACAAAAAAGUUGAUUCACUUCCGAAUCACAAUUCUCACUCAUCCUGAUUUGACAUCGAUUAAUACAUUUCAAAAUUGUAUUUAAAAAAAGAAUAUGUAUAUUAAAAAAAAAAAAUCUAAUCCACAUCGCAAUUCUUAUUCAUCCCAAUACUAAAUUGAUUUAUAGUUUUCAUAAACAGA